UUGUGUAGAAUAUCUGAAAAUCGUUAUCUAAAUGCGAAUUGGUGCACAAAAAUUCCACAAGUGAAAUAAUGGGGGACAAUGAGCAGAAGGCUCUUCAGCUUAUGGCUGAGGCUGAAAAAAAGCUGACACAGCAAAAGGGUUUUCUCGGCUCACUUUUUGGUGGCUCCAAUAAAAUUGAAGAUGCUAUUGAGUGCUAUCAGCGAGCUGGCAAUAUGUUUAAAAUGUCGAAGAACUGGAGUAAAGCCGGUGAAUGCUUCUGUGAGGCAGCCACUCUCCAUGGACGAGCUGGCAGCCGCCACGAUGCAGGCACUUGCUACGUGGAUGCUUCGAAUUGCUACAAGAAAGUAGAUGUGGAAAGCGCCGUCAACUGUUUGAUGAAGUCCAUAGACAUUUACACAGAUAUGGGGCGCUUUACAAUGGCAGCCAAGCAUCAUCAGAGCAUUGCUGAAAUGUAUGAAAGCGACCCAACUACUCUGGCCAAAGCCAUUCAACACUAUGAACAAGCGGCAGAUUAUUUUAAGGGCGAAGAGUCUGUAAGCUCUGCGAAUAAGUGUAUGCUAAAAGUUGCCCAAUAUGCAGCCCAACUGGAGGAUUAUGAAAAAGCAAUAUCGAUAUAUGAGCAGGUAGCUGCCUCAUCACUAGAGAGCUCGUUGUUGAAAUACAGCGCUAAGGAGUAUUUCUUUCGUGCCGCUCUUUGUCAUCUAAGCGUUGAUUUGUUGAAUGCGCAACACGCAAUCGAAAAAUAUGCGCAGCAAUACCCGGCAUUCCAAGAUUCACGAGAGUUUAAACUUAUCAAGGUUCUAUGUGAGCACCUUGAGGAGCAGAAUAUCGAGGGUUUUACAGAAGCAGUAAAAGAUUACGAUAGCAUCUCACGCUUAGAUCAAUGGUAUACAACAAUAUUGCUACGUAUUAAAAAGGCCGCAGACGAGGAUCCUGAUUUGCGAUAAAAAUACCAAUAUAUUAACGCGUAUAAAUACAAUAUGUAAACGCAUACAACUUCUUAAAUGCUUUUUGAGUU